AUGCAGAAGACAGACACACUCACACACAUGAGUAACUCUGCAGAAGCACGAAUUCUUUUUAAAUCAUCAAAGAACGAAGAUGUCAUUGAAGUUUGUAAUGCGCAGUUCUUUAUAGAUAAAGAGAAAUUUAAAGGACGACUAUUUAUUAGUGCAUUUACAUUUUGUAUGGAGAUGUUAAAUUCGAAAAAGUACCAAAAGGAAGUGAUAUAUACAGGAGAGAUAACAAAAAUAGAGUUAAAUAAGUAUAUACGUGUGGAGACUAAUACCAAAGUGAUCACAUUAAAUAUCAAGAAGAGGAAUGAAAGUAUUUAUUUAUUGAUGAAUUACUUGGUCAAAUAUCCAUUUCUUAAGUUAGAGGAGAAAUUAUCUCAAUAUACAAUCGAAGAUUAUACAAUGAAGGAUUCUCUUGAACCUAGAACACAACUUGAUUUGAAAAGUGCAGAGCAAGCAAAUGAAUAUGCGAAUAGAACUAACGAGAUCAAAACAGAUACUAUUCAUCAAUUAAAGAAACAACGAGAUAUGUUGUAUGGUAUCGACUGUCUUUUAAAUGAGACUGAAAUCUAUUUUGAGGAUAUCGAAGACAAUUUAAAAUCAGUUGUUUCUAUGGGCCACGAGUUAGUUCAAAGGUACAGAAAGAGUAAGAAGAUUGAGGUGAAACCAGUGAAGAAACCAGAAGAAAUUCAACUGGAUGUUAUGGUCUUUGAACCAAAACCUGUUUCUAUUCAUAUUUUAAUAUGUGACAAAGGAGAGUAUAAAAGUGGUCUCAUGGUGAUUAGCGAAGACACUGUUAGUAUCAAAGAGACUUCUGGAGAUUCUCUGACAUCAUCCGAAAAGAAGAAAAGGGUUUUUAGUAAGGAAAUUAACAUAGGCCAGAUCAUCAAAUUGUCUAUUUUAAGUCAUCCCCUCCAUCUAAAAAUAGAACUAGACUCUUUGGAGAAGAAUGAAGUUGUUAUAUUCUCGACACUGUUACAACUCAUUGUAAAUGACAUCUAUCUCAAGUUCUUCAAAAUUAACAUUCCAGAGGGAAGCAAACCAGUCGACUCCCCACUCAGAGUCGAAUUCGAACAAAACUCGAGGGAAUUUGAAAUAGGAAAAAGUGGGAUCACUGACAUCUUCAUGUUUUGUGCCGGGGUUGAUGGACAGUGUAAAUACGAAAAUUUGAAGGACGAUUUUUCCUUUGUAUUUAAAGACCCAAAAGAGAUGGCCAACUUCAAAAGAAUGAGGAUGCUGAAUCUCAAUACGGCUGAUAUGCUUGAAAAAAUUACUCAACAAAAUAAAGAGGCUCUUUUAUUGAUAGAGGCUAGCAGAAGAGAAACUGAAGAGACGAGAAAACUCGUUGAAAAACAGCGGUGUAAAUUGGAAUCGGUCACUCAAAGAGUCGACAUUGUAACAGCAAGAUAUUAA